CCGUCGCGACCAGCUAACGACCCCCGUGACGAAACACCGCAAGCUCCGGAGUCUCGCCUUAAAGGAACCGCCGCUUCCCUCCGAUCGAAUCGCGCCGCCGCCGCCGUCGCCGUCGCCGUCGCCGUCCUGUCGGCCUCGCCGGAGCGGGGAGAUCGAGCGCGCGAAUCUCGGCUCCCGCCGGCCUCGGGCGGUCCUCUUCAUGCCCGCGUUUCCCCGAGAGCGUUGAUUGAUGGAGAAUUCGGCGGAUAUUUGCGACAGGGAAGAAGCGGCGCCGUCGGCGCCGUCGGCGUCGUCGUCGGCUCCGGGUGGCUCGGAUUACCGGUUGUUCGGCCGGCAAUCCACCAUCCACCAAUGCAUGGGCGGCGGAAUAGCUGCCGACGUUCUGUUGUGGAGGCGGCGGCAUGUUUCUUUGGGCAUCAUUAUUGUCGCGACAGUUGCUUGGGUUAUAUUUGAAAGAUCAGGAUUGUCAUUCCUAUCAAUUUGUUCCGAUGUCUUGCUGCUACUAAUCAUAUCACUGUUCAUUCAUGCCAACUAUGCUGUAUACCGAAAUAGGCCACUGCCAGAAUUAUCGGAGCUAGUUUUCUCAGAGGAGAUGGUUACCAAUGCUGCAGCUUCUUUUCGUGUCAAAAUUAAUAGACUACUGCUUAUGGCUCACGAUAUCACUCUUGGAAAAGAUUUUAGACUAUUUUUCCAGGUGGUUGUCUGUCUGUGGCUUAUAUCAGCAAUUGGUAGCUUCUUCUCAUUCUACACACUCGCUUAUAUAGGUACUAUAAUAUCCAUCACAGUUCCUGCGCUGUACAGCAGGUACGAGAAACAUGUGGAUAGGUUUUGCGGAAUGCUCCAUAGGAACUUUUCGAGGCAUUACAAAGUAGUAGAUGAAAGUCUUAUCAGCAAGCUCCCAAGAGGUUUAUCCAAGGACAAAAAUAUGUGAAGCUAAAGUUGAGUCCAAGACAUCCAUGCCAAGAGCUUACUACACAAUUUAGGCGCUGUUUUGCGGAUUGAGGCUCCAUCAUUGCAAUGGGGAGCAAAAUGUCAUGUCAAUCUUGAUUGCCAUGAAGAUGCCUUUGGCUGGUCCCUAGUACUUCACUUCAUCAACCUCGUUUUUUCCUUGUCCUAUCAGAAUGCAAUCGGAUCGCGGCAGAAGCAGUGUCAACCGCUUGUCUGAACAUAGAAAUACCCUUCAUCGACUUCACAAGUGACUGAGGUUUGUACUUGAUGAUUUCAUCAAUCCGACAUGUUUUCACGUAGUCCUCUUGCUCCCCAGUCCUUUAUUGCAGGAGAUAAAUAUCUCCCUUCUGCCCCCAAGAAACAUAUGCCUUAAUGGGUGAAUUUCAAAGGCCUUUUUUACGUUA